AUGAGCCUUGACGUAUCAUCUGCAGUAAAGCCAUGGAGAGAAGAAAAACAUAUAAGAUCUCUUGAAAUUGACGAGGAAUCUUUGUUUCAGCCGUUCAAAGCUCUUUUUUUGAAGGAAAAUAUACAAAAUGAUGGAACUGUUAAUAAAGAAGUUUUGCAGACGUUAACAUCUCUUUGUUUUCCUUCUACACCUUCUCCUAAGGCUAUUUGUAUUGAUUCUCGUGAUAUUAUGCAGUUAAAGCAGUCUAUUUUACCUCUUCAGCAGCGAAUACAGCAUUUAGUUUAUGCACAUUCAAGAGCAUUGUUUUUUCGUAAAGGAAACGUGAAUACAAUCAGAACAGACAUCUUAAAGACAAUGAUAGCUCUUAAGGAUGUUCAGAAUGCGAUUCAUCAAUGUUUGAAUAAGCAACUGAAAUUUAAAACUGAAGGACUUGAAAAAUUAGAUCAAUGGAAAAAUGAGCAACAAUAUUUGUCUAUGUAUAUUCGUGAAAAAGAGAAAUCUGACGAGAAUUUUAAAUUGAUUUCUUCAUUAGUUCAGAAAAAAGAUAAAUUGGCACAGGAAAUCAAUGAAACAGAAAUUAAAUUAGCAGAGAAAAAAAAUGAUUUGAAAAAUAUCUUGAAUCAUAUCGAGGAGCUUCAUAAUUCUUUUGGAACGCGUUUCUCAAAAGAAAAAUCUCGUUUGGCUGAAAUUAGUGCAGAUGAAACAAGGUUUAUUGAACAAUUUAAGAAGUUAAUACCACAUUCAAAUCAAGAGAAAUCACGAGACGCUUUACGCGAAAUGUGGGAAACCGAAUUAUCUCUUAUUAACGACGAUAUUAAGCUUAUUCAUUCUGAAUAUACUGCAUUAUCAGAGGGAUCAAAGUUAUGGUGUAGCACGAUUAUUUUUUUACAGUCUCUUGAGCAAAAUGUUUAUGAAUGUACAAAAAAAGGUAGUUGUAAGGUCUCAGAAAUAAUAAAUAUUAUCGACAAAGGGCUUUUAAGGCUUAGAGAUUUAACAAGAAUUGUAAAUAACCAGCAUUUGAAUUUAUUAUAUAUUGCAAUUGGAUAUGAAAUAGAGGCUUUGAAUCGAACAAGAAGAGUGAUUCUUUCAACAGAGGAUAAAGUAUGA